AUGCAUGAUGAAUCAGGCAAAACGCGGUUGUGUAUGCAAGUUCGAGGAGGCGGACAAGAGGAGCUUCCCAAGGCUAACAUCGACAGCCAGCUUCAGAGUUUCAUGCAGCAGGUCACGGGGGCCGCCGACCUGGUACUGCAACCUGUACUGAAGAAGCCUUCACCUCCUCCUCAGCGAUCGACUGGUUCGAGGAUGCGGACUACAGCAGCAUCAAAGCUUCUCAGACGAGCCAGUGAAGAAAUCCUUGCAGCACUGGACAGCUUUGAGAGCAGACUGGAGAGGCUGAAGAUGUGGAACGUGCAGUUCAAGCGAUUGACUCGGGUGGAGUUUGGAGACGCUCUUUAUAUCGUUGGCAACGUAGAGGCUCUGGGAGACGGCAACCCCAACAAAGCCAUCAGGAUGAAACACAUGGGUUCAGACUUGUGGAGUGUGACAGUGCCGAACAUUCCUGAUGGCGCCAGGUACCGAUAUCUCAUUAAGAAGGACGAUCACUCGCAAGGCGAUCACAAGGCUUCUGAAAUCAGAUACACCACCGACUACUUCUUUGAGCUUUCCUCGAUCAUUGAAGAUGCUAAGCUGGAGGAAGGGUUUCUGGUGGAAGACGACACCGUGCAGCUUGUUCGAUUCAAGGUAGCACGAGAGAAAGCGGAGAAGAUCUUUGUAGUUGGAUCCAUCCCCGCGCUGGGCAAGUGGGACAAGACCAAGGCAGUGGAGCUGAUUCGGAGCAAGGGAAACACCUUCGAGGCCAUCGUUGCAAUCCCGAGCGAUGUGGUCGGAGAGUUCGAGUACAAGUUCUUCGAAUAUCCUUCAGGGCAGUACGAAUCUGGUCCGAACCGAAAGAGCGACGCGCACCUGGUGGAACCGCAGAGAGAGUUUGAUCCGAAAACAGGAUCCCUUGGGCUGACCAGAGUGGUAGACCUAGAAAGCAUCUGGGAAGGUCUGCUCCUGCGCUUCCUGAUCUAUCAUCCCCUGCAAGACCCUUCUUCGGUCCUAGCAUGCUCUGGAUCCAUGCAGGCUCUCGGUGGUUGGCUGGGAGCUCCCAGGAAGAUGGGACUUGGCAAUGAGCGGACGCUGCUGACAGGAGUGAAGGGCCGCUGCUGGGAGAUGACGUUUCCAGCCCCAGCACAGGACUCGGUCAACGUGCAGUAUCGCUACUGCAUCAUCGAUGGGAAGAAGGGGACGGCGGUGUUCGAGCGCGAGCCUAACCGAGCUCUGCACCGCGUUCCUGGGGCUCAGAGCGCCCUUGGAGUCAAGUACGCCACGCUCGGGCUGGGGCAGCAGGUGACAGGCAAGAAUCAAGGAUUCCGACAGCGAGAGUGGCAAGUCUACGACGGCAACUUCGUUCCGCCGCAUCUGUCCUUUGAUGAUGUUCCUCCCUGCCUGGCGAUCGGCCCCUAUCCGCAGAGCAAAGGAGAUGUGCAGACGAUGGUGGAGGCAGGAGUGACGGGGGUGCUGAAUGUCCAGACGGACGGUGACCACCAGAGGAGGAUGGUGAACUGGAACAGCAUGGAGAAGUACUACCACGAGGCAGGGAUUCAUGCUAUCCGUGUUCCCAUCGAGGAUUUCAACGGAGAGGAGCUCGCAAGACUCGUCAAGGAAGGAGCGAAAGCUGUCGACCAACUUGUCCACCGUGCCAAGAGCGAGGGGAAGCAGCCCAAGGUCUACAUUCACUGCACUGCUGGGAUGGGCAGAGCGCCUGCUGUCGCCUGCGUCUACCUCGUGUGCAGGCACGGCUUCAGCCUCCAAGACGCUCUCGCUCACGUCAAGAAGCAUCGGCCGGUCUCGGCUCCAAACUGGCACGCGAUGGAGCAGGCAUUGAGGAGCGGAGGUUUCUAG